GGCAAUGUGCUCCACGCUAUUGUAUGUAUGCACCUGCCUCUUGUGCCACUGCCGUGUAUGCAGACAUAAAAGCCGCAUCUUUGUGAGGGCCAUUUGGUUUGCCUGCAGUCUACACACUCUCCCUUUACGAUGUCCUCCCCUUUAACUGGCGUGUAGUUGUGCUAACAGAAUAGUAGGGGGUUUGUGUUUGCCUGCCGCGGCACCCUCAUGAUGGCUUCCAGUCCGCAGUUGCUUCAUCGGAGACAGCGAAAGAGCAGACUACCGGUCUCAUCCUCACCAACAGAGCGACUGGCACACAAAAAAAUACACCUGAGGUAGAAGCCGCGGCGAAAGCACCAUCGGCCUCCUCAAUGUCUUCAUCAAGGCCGUAUAGCCUGUACAGCAACUUGACAAAGAGUGGAAACCCGGGCAGCAGUGGCAGAAAUAUGAAGGAUUACUCCGUCAACCUUUCGGUGCAGCAAGUCCUCAGCCUCUGGGUGCACGGGACCGUCCUCCAGCACUUCACAGAGAUGUGGUACUGGGUGUUCCUGUGGGCUCUCUUCUCUUCACUGUUUGUCCAUGGGGCAGUUGGGCUCCUCAUGUUCGUCAUGCUGCAGAGACACAAGCAAGGGAGGCUCAUCAGCUUCAUUCUGGUCAGUGUUGGAUUCCUGGCCUCUGUCACCGGGGGAAUGAUAACCAGUGCAGCUGUGGCGGGGGUAUACCGGGUUGCAGGCAAGAACAUGGCCCCCUUGGAAGCCUUGGUGUUUGGGGUGGGACAGACGGUGCUCGCUAUCAUCAUCUCAGUCUCAAGAAUUCUCGCCACACUUUGAAUAUUACAGUGUGUGGAAGAAGUAGUCAAUGCAAGCGUCCCUGAGAGGUCUUCUUUUUUUAAAAUAAAUAACAAGAACAAAAUAAAGGCCUUUGAUUUGGAACCUGCAAGAGACAGAAGGGGCCAAUAAUCUGCACUGAGUGGCUGCCUGGUCCAGGUCAAUGUUAAUUCAGUGCCACCUGGUGUUCAAGCUGUUGCACUACUGCGCCUUAUGUGCCUCCGUCACAGGCAAGGUGCACAAGAAACACUGUUACAGCAUUGUGAAGCCUUCUGAUAAAGCACCUUGUACAUCUAACAAUCAGGUUGAUCUUUACUGACAGAUGGGGACAUUGCCUGCUGUAGGCGAAAGAUCUGUAUACACAGAAUUCAGGAACUGUUCUCUGAAUCUGUAUUAAACGUGCCAAACAUGACUUUUUAACCUGUACAUUUAAAGGAGCUAUCUUAUAAGAAAGCUAAAAUGAAGAGUUCUAUGAAAUGCACAUGUUGAUUUUAAUUCAAUAUUUUCCCUACUUAUUUGCUUAAAGAGUGUAUAACUGGAUUUGAGUGUGUGAUGGGUAUGCUUAUUUAAUUAUUUUUUUUAACAUUGAAACUGUUUACUGUGCUGUGGUUUUGUGAGUAUUACCUUUUCCAUGGCAUAUACAUUAACAGUUAAAACAAAGAUCUCUAGUUGCCAUUUAUAGAUGAUGAAGUAAUGUGAAGCAAAUUUUGUUACACUUCCCCAUGUUAAAGUAGUUACCAAGUUAUGCAAACGUAAUUAUAAUGUAUUUUAAUUACAUUGUUGCUAAAUAAUUCCAUCAUAAUUUGUGAUUUGUGUAAUAUGGCCCUCUAACUGAAAACAUUAUUAUUCAGUAAUAAUCAAAGCAUUAGUUUAAAAAGCUAAAGCUUGUUUUUUGUUACCGUUUAUACAGAUCAAGUUGAAGCCACUGGGGACUUUAAAUAAAGGUUCUAUUAGUAUUUAGAUUGGGCUCGAUCACACUUCUACUUACAUUGGUCCCCAUUAGUGGCAGUAAACAGUUGACUCUUGUUGAUGUGCUUUUCUUUGUCUCCUCAUCUGUUAUGUAACUCCAUAUACUAUAGGUGAUAACACAAAACCCACAGCAUUGCUGAUUUUAGGUUUCCAAGCUAUUUGUAGGGUAUACUGUAGUGUGUUUUUAAAAAUCUGUAAACAGAAAUAAAGUUGGACAAUUUAAAACAAAAAAAAUAAUAAAUGGAGUAAUUUUUACCUA